AUGGCCCAUCGGGUGCUGGUGAUCGGCAGUGGGGGCAGAGAACACGCCCUGGCCUGGAAGUUGGCGCAGUCCCCGCACGUUAAACACGUGUUUGUGGCUCCAGGGAAUGCGGGCACGGCCAAUGAUGGAAAAAUCUCCAACUCAGCUGUCUUGGUGAGCAAUCACACAAUUGUCACCCAGUUCUGCAAAGAUCACAACAUUGGACUCGUGUUGGUUGGAGAGGAAGCUCUGCUGGCAGCUGGGAUUGUUGAUGACUUGAGGGCAGCAGGAGUUCGGUGUUUUGGCCCGUCUGCCAAGGCGGCCCAGCUGGCAUCCAACACCAGUCUGACUAAAGCCUUUCUGGAGCGGCACGGGAUCCCAACAGCGCGAUGGAAAGCCUUCAGCAACGCCCAGGAAGCCUGCAGGUUUAUCAUCAGCACGGACUUCCCUGCGCGAGUGGUGCGGGCGAGGGGCCCUGCGGCCAGGAAGGAGGUGACUGUCACAGCCAGCAAGGAGGAAGCCUGCAGAGCUGCCCAGGAGAUCAUGCAGGACAGAAUGUUUGGAGAGAUGGUUGUUAUCGAAGAACUUCUUCAAGGGGAAGAACUUUCUUGCUCGUGUUUCACAGACGGCGUCACCAUCGCUCCCAUGCCCCCGGCACAGGCCCACAAGCGGCUGCUGGAUGGGGACCAGGGCCCCAACACUGGAGGGAUGGGAGCCUAUUGUCCAGUGCCUCAGGUUCCAGAAGAUCUUCUCGAGCAGAUCAGGGGUGCAAUCCUCCAGCACGUCGUUGAUAGCAUGAGGCAAGAAGGAACAGCCUAUGUGGGUGUGCUGCAAACAAGUUUAAUGCUGACCAAAGAGGGGGUGAAGAUUUUAAACUUCAAGUGUCAGUUUGGGGAUCCCCAGUGCCAGGUAAUUCUUCCUCUGCUCAAAAACGAUCUUUACGAGGUGAUUCAAGCAGCGAUUGAUGGCAGACUGUGCAGCUUCACGCCAGCCUGGUCCGAGAGCAGCACGGCCGUGUGCGUGGUCAUGGCCAGCGCGGGAUACCCCGGGGAUUGCGACAGGGGCAGGGAGGUCACAGGGCUGCUGCAGGCCGAGGCGCUGGGGCUGCAGGUGUUCCAUGGUGGCACGGUGCUGAGGGACGGCAGGGUGCUGACGAGCGGUGGCAGGGUGCUCUCCAUCACCGCUGUCAGGGAGGAGCUGCUGGAAGCCCUGGCAGAAGCCAACAGGGGUGCAGCCACCAUACACUUCCAGGGAGCCACGUACAGGAGGGACGUUGGCCAGCGGGGCCUGCGGCUGCUCAGACAGCCCCUGGCUCUGAUGUACAAAGAGCGACGCGUGGAAGCCGCAGCCAGGGACGUUCUGUUUCCCCUGCCACAAACAUCAGUUGGAAGUGGUACCAGAUCAGGCAGUCGCUCAGGACUGGGAGGCUUUGCUGGUUUCUUUGACUUGAAGGCAUCUGGUUAUGAGGAUCCCAUCCUGGUGUGCCAAACUAAAGGCCUUGGAGCUAAACUGCAGAUGGCACAAGCCUGUCAGAGACACAGCACCCUGGGGCAGGACCUGGUGGCUCUGUGUGUCAAUGCCCUGCUGGCCCGGGGAGCAGAGCCCCUCUUCUUCCUCAGUUAUUUCACCUGUGGCAAACUCGAUGCUGAAGUGACUGAAACGAUCCAGGAAGGAAUAGCUGAAGCCUGCAGGAGUGCGGGAUGUGCUUUCCUGGGCCUGGAGGUGUCUGAGCUGCCGGGCUCGUUUUCCACGGGGGACUCGGACCUGGCCGGCUUCGUGGUGGGCGCGGUGGAGCGAGGGCAGGUGGCCCUGGGGCUGCAGAGAGCAGAGGAGGACGAUGUGCUCCUUGGAGUGGCCUCCCCCGGGAUCCACGGCCGUGGCUUCGGCGCCGUCCGGAAGGUUCUCCUCGCGUCCUCCCUGCGCUGCUCGGCCCCCGCCCCUGGCGGCUGCGGGGACACCACACUGGGAGAGGCCCUGCUGAGCCCAGCCAGGCUGUACAGCCCAGCCCUGCUGCCCGUGCUGCGCUCGGGCCACGUGAAGGCCUUUGCCCCCAUCGCUGAGGAGGGGCUGCUGGGAGGCAUCUCCAGGAUCCUGCCGGAGCACGUCAGCGCUGUGCUGGACGCUCUCAGCUGGAAGAUCCCUGAAAUCUUCUGCUGGCUUUACAAGGAGGGGAACCUCUCUGCAGAGGAGAUGGCCCAGAGCUUUCCCUGCGGGCUGGGGGCGGUGCUGGUGGUGCAGCAGGACCUGGCCCAGCACGUGCUCGGGGCCCUCCGGCGGCGUGAGGAGGCCUGGCUCAUCGGGAAGGUGGUUGCCCCUUGUCACACAGGAGGUUCCCACAUCCAAGUGGAGAACCUGGUGCAGGCCCUGCAGCUGGGCAGCCCCCAGGGCCUGCUGGGGGACACCACAGUGCACACUCAGCACCAGCCCAGGAAGGAGAAGGUGAAAGUCGCAGUUCUCGUCUCUGGAACAGGCACGGCCCUCCCUGCGCUCAUCGCUUACACCAGGGAGCCAGGCAGCUGUGCCCAGCUUGUCCUCGUCAUCUCCAACAAGUCUGGUGUGGAGGAACUCCGGAAUGCAGCCCGGGCUGGAAUUCCCACCAGGGUGAUUGACCACAAGUUAUACGGGAGCCGCUCGGAGUUCGACGGCACCAUCGACCAAGUGCUGCAGGAGUUCGCUGUGGAGCUGAUCUGUCUCUCAGGGUUUAGGAGGAUUUUGUCCAGCCCUUUUCUUCGGAAAUGGAGAGGGAAAAUUUUGAAUGCUUCUCCAUCCCUUUUCCCACUCAUCAAGGAUGGAAAUGCCCCUCAGGAGCCCCCACAGAGUGGAUUCAAGGUCACAGGCUGCACCGUGCAUUUUGUCCUGGAGGAGCCGGGCCCCAGGGCCGUGAUCCACCAGGAGCCCAUCGCGGUGCGUGCCGAGGAGCCGGAGCAGUCGCUGUGGGAGCGGCGGAGGGAGGCCGAGAGCCGGGCCCUGCCCGUGGCCCUGCAGCUCGUGGCCAGCGGGGCCGUGAGCCUGGCAGCCGAUGGGAGAACCUCCUGGAAGCGGGAGAGCCGAGGUCUGGGAGUGCCCGGGGACAAGGGAGACCGCACGUCCUCCCUCGUGGCUCCGGAGCCUCCGGAACGCGGCGGGGAGUAG